AUGUACUUCCUGUCCUCGGCUCGGGUAAAGUCAAACUGCAAGCGGCCCAUCACAACCCCGCAUUAUGUGCACCGUUGCGUCCGACUUAUUUGGGAGGUCGUGGAACAGCAUCCUGAUAAUGGCGAGGAAUUCAACGAAAAGUUCUCGAACACCCUGGUAGUGUGGUUACAAAAGGAAGUGCUGCCUGGUUUUGAUGGUAGUGAUACGCCAAAGCGUUCGCGCAAUCCAUUUCUGAAUGCUGACAACAGCAAGGAAGCUUUCGCACUCAACCAAAAAGGCCUGCUAGAUCUCUCCCAGGUGCUCCGAUUGGUACUCGUUCCGCUCUUCCCACGACUGCGCCGUGCAUCACGUGACCCACCACCAAACUUGCCGACGCAGUUACUUGCCAUGGCCCUCGUUUUUCAGCUCUUUUCGGAGCCUCCGCAGAAUUUACCCCUUGAUCCACAAAAGAUUGUCAUGUUCGACGAGCCGUUGACAAAAUACCAUCUGCGAUUCCUGUGCACACAGGUGCCAGCGUGCUUGAUGUUCCCGUUAUGCUUUCUGUUGUGCCAGAUCUCAUACCAGAUGGAGGACAACUUUCUGCUUCGCAAACGCGAGGAGCGUGGCACGUUGGCUAGCGCCACGCUUUUCAAUUUGACAUCAGACGGUAUUGUUCGCGACAUCAUUUUCUAUGAUACAAAAGAGGCCCGAGAAAAGCAUAUUCUUCCCGUUUACCACAAAAAGCAGUGGCAUACAGCUGUCCUGCUGACACACUUUUUCCGGCCACCUUCAUCGCCUGCAGAGGACGGGAACGGGCAGGUACAAUUGCUCAAGGUGGGGCAAAUCAUUGAUCAGAUGAACGUCUGGACACUUCAUCGUGGCGGCUCAAUUUACCUUGACUUGCAAAUGAGUCGACAGCAGCAGAAGGUAAAGCGUUCUAAGCGACGCACACGACAGCAGCACCAACAAGCACCACAGCAUCCAGCAGGGUCCAAUAAACGAAAAGCACCCCAGGGAGAUCUCUCUACGCGCUGUAGCAAGCGUGCAGCAGUGGAUAGCGGUGAGGGUGCUCUUGCAGCUGGAGUGAAUGACUUUGCUGACGGCAGAAUGUCUCUCGGUAGUCAAGCAGAUAAAGUGUCAUCAUUCGGUGGUAGUCUACUAGGCAGCAAUUUCUUGAAUGGAGAAGAAGAAGCCGACGAUGACGACCUUGAGCUCGAGUUGCUUGCGACCGACUCCCGGGGUUGGAUCGACUUCGUUGUCAUUAUCCUCUGCGACGUCGUCAUCCGUAUCUGUGGCUCAGACGACGUCAGCAACAAUGACUACCCUUUUGUAAUCGUCACCUCUUGUCACCCCAAAACUUUACGGUACGCCGCACUACGUUCAUCUUGGAGAAGGAAACGACGGCAAACACCGUGGGGGUACACCAAGUCCGAACGAUACUUCAAGGAAGUCAAUAUAGCGCUGGCUCUGCCCAUGACUGCUGCAGCAAUGCAGAAUUCCUUGACCCCAUGCGAAGCUCGUAUGCUAGAGGCAGCGCGAGAGGCUCAAGACUCAGUGGUGGCAUCUUUGUAUGCCGCCACAGUUUGCAGCAUCUCAAGGCGCGCCAUGGGAUCAGUGGUUGCCAAGAUAUUCCAAAUUCUCGAAGACGAUGUGAAACACUCGCAACCUGACAAGUUUUCUCGACAGUUCAGCACAACGUCGGUUGUGCAUCUUGUUGGUGGCAUUAUCUGUACACCUCCUGGCAACGCCUUCUUGCCGCGCUACAUGAUGUCGCUCGCUACUCAACUCGAAUGGCUGUACGAGGGCUGUACCCUGUAUGACAAGCAGCAACAAUCCGCAUCCCCUGACCAGGUGUUACACAACAGCCUUUUCCAACGUCGACUUCGAUGCAAGUUGGCUGUGCGGCUUCAGCUUGUGGGCGUCAUCGGGCCUAGCAAGCAUGCUGUCUUGACCAUUUGCUGUCGUGACCGCAUCGUCAAGACUUUAUUUUCCUUGCUUGGCACAUCGGCAGUCUCAUCUGGGCCAGGACUUUCACUGUUUAGCUGGAUUCUAGACCUCAUUCCGAUCGUCAACGCCUCUGUACUCUACGACAGGCAAUUUGAACUCGUGGAAGCGCUACAGCUACCUGAUAACCUCAAUCGGCGUGUUUGGUCUGUGUUACCACGUCCGAUGAACAUGUUCGGAGCUGCAAAUGGGUAUGUCGGUCGCUCUGUGUCGACAUCUGUUCAAGGCGAUGUGACCACUCUAUCCGAGAAACCGGGAUAUUCACCCGUAGACACAUGGGGCUUGCUGGACCAUGUGCCGCAGCUACCUAGUGAUGGUCUUGUUCCCGAAGUGUCUACCCAGAUCCCGAAGCGACCGCGGCGAGUUUUUCGGUGCUUGUUGUUUGUGUCGGUGGCAACCCGUAUGUAA